GUGAUAUCCUUUGAAUUGAUAACAGAGAAUACUUUUGAAUUAUAGGAUUAUACAAUAAUACUUUUGCAUUAUCAAUAGACAGUUAAAAUGGUUCAUAAAGUUACCUUUCCAAAGUAUUCAUUCUCCGAUUACUUGAUGUUAUUCAAUGGGUUCUUCCCAAAGAAGCCAACUUUCACAGAAAAGGAUUAUCCAAGUUUAGAUGGUAAAGUUGUGAUUAUUACUGGUGCCAAUAGUGGUGUUGGUUAUCAAAGUGCUAAAUCAUUACUUGGAUCAACUAAUGCUAGAGUUUAUAUGUUUGCUAGAAACCCUACUAAGGCUGAACAAGCUAUUAAGAAAUUAGAAGUCGAAGUUGCUCAAGAAUAUAAGAAAACCAACUUAGAUAUUCACUUUAUUCAGAUUGAUUUCAGUGAUUUAACCACUAUUAAACCUGCUGCAGAAAAAUUCCUUUCUCAAGAAAACAGAUUAGAUAUUAUAAUUCAUAAUGCUGGUGUUAUGACUCCUCCUGCAGGUUCCAGAACAAAACAAAAUUUCGACUUAGAAUUGGGUACUAAUAACCUCGGUUCUCAAUUAUUACAAAAAUACUUGGAUCCAAUAUUAAUUAAAACUUCUAUUACAAACAAGCCUGGCGAGUCAAGAAUUGUUUGGGUUGCGUCCACUGCUAGUUAUUUAUCUCCAAUAGGUGGUAUUCAUUACGCGGACCCUAACUUCAAUGAUAGCGAUGCUACUAAAGAAACUAUUUAUGGACAAAGUAAAGCAGUGAAUGUUUUACAAGCUAAGGGAUGGAAUGGAGCUCACCCAGACGCUAAGAAUGUUGUAUGUGUUUCUAUCUGUCCUGGUUAUUUGAGAACCGAAUUACAGAAGUAUGCCACUGGAUUUGAGGCUUUAAUAUAUAGACUAUUCUUUCAUGAUGCUAGAAAUGGUGCGUACACAGAAUUAUUUGCUGCAUUAUCUCCAAAAUUAACUAUGCAAAAUACCGGUGCCUAUGUUAUUUCUUUUGGCCAUAUUAGCAAAGCUAGAAAGGAUUUAGAUGACCCAGAAAACAUUAGAAAAGCUUGGAAUUUCUUAGAAGAAGAACUCAAACCUUACAUUUAGAUUACAGAAUAUAGACAUUUUCUAUUUAAUCAGUAAUAAAUUAAUUCUUUGAAAAAUUAACAGUUCGACUUUUUCAGUAACAAAUUACACUAAGAUAUUUAGCCGCAAAAUGUUGCAACCUGUCAAAAUUACUUUGACACAACACACCAGCCAACAAUGUCAGGGAUAACAAGAGCCGCAAUUACUUAAUUCAAUAUUAUUAGAUAUUGGAUUUCGGUUAAUAUUCAUUAUUGCC